AGGGGCGAGGGGCGCGGCCGGAAACGGGGGGCUCCAGUGCGGGCGUGGGGGGGCGCCCGGGGCCCCGCCCGGCCGGGCCCGACCGGGCCCGACCCUGAGGCGCUGCUAGGAGCGGGGGGGCGCACCUGAGCCCCGCAGGCCGGCCGGGCACCCGCCUGAGCUUUGUGCAGUUUGUCUUGGCGCCGAUUCGGCGGCCUCUGUGGACGAGCAGUUUAUUGACGCGCGUACCAGUCAUCGCUGACUGCAUCACCGCAAAUCACCGAGGGCCGCAGAUGUGUUGCUGGGGCCCUCCUCUGUGCCUCCUGUAUCCGCCCCUGGAGUUUGCAGCGUGGACAGGUUCGUCGUAUCUGACUUUGGUUCUUGCGUGAAUGCGGAGUCAUUCAGGAGAAAUUAUUAUAGAGUCUAAAAAUAUCUUUCCCCCUUCUCUGUGGACUUAACGUAAAAUUAGUUUUGUGUGUAUUUGGAUUCAUUUUCUAAAUAUCAACACCAUAAAGCCUUAUCAGUUACAAAAAAUUUGGGUAGUUAAACCAUGAGUUGUGGAAAGGAGUUUGUGGAAACGUUAAAAAAAAUUGAUUAUCCCAAAGCUGAUAUUCUUAAUGGGGAAGAUUUUGACUGGUUGUUUGAGACUGUUGAGAAUGAAUCAUUUUUGAAGUGGUUUUGUGGGAAUGUGAGUGAACAGAACGUAUUAUCUGAAGAGGAAUUGGAAGCUUUUAGCAUUCUUCAGAAAUCAGGCAAGCCCAUCCUAGAAGGAGCAGCGUUGGAUGAAGUUCUUAAAACCUGUAAAACUUCUGAUUUGAAGACACCUACCCUGAAUGACAAAGAGCUGGAGAAAUUAGAGGAUGAGGUUCGAACUCUGCAGAAAUUAAAGAACCUAAAAAUUCAGCGACGUAAUAAAUGCCAGUUGAUGGCUUCGGUAACUAGCCACAAAGCUCUGAGGUUAAAUGCUAAAGGAGGAGCAGCCAAUAAGAAGCUGAAGCAGAGUCAGCGAAUUCUAAACGCUGCCAGUGCUAAGAUCAGUAAUGAGCUCCACACUCUUACCGAUGGAGUUGCAAAAUUACUGGUGUUCUGCAGACAUUCGAAUUUGGGUCAAGGGACAAAUCCACUGGUGUUUUUAUCUCAGUUUUCAUUGGAAAAAUAUCUAAGCCAAGAAGAGCAAAGCACAGCAGCAUUAACCUUAUAUACCAAAAAACAGUUCUUUCAAGGUGUACAUGAAGUAGUUGAAAGUUCAAACGAAGAAAAUUUUCAACUUUUAGAUCUACAAGCACCCUCUAUUUGUGAUAAUCAAGAAGUUCUUGAGGAGAGACGGCUAGAGAUGGCUAGGCUGCAGCUGGCAUAUAUUUGUGCUCAACAUCAGUUAAUUCACUUGAAAGCAAGAAAUUUGAGCCUGAAGUCAAGUAUAAAAUGGGCAGAGGAGAAUCUUCAUAGCCUCACUAGCAAGGCUCUUGGCAAAGAUAUUUUGGAUGCUAAAAUUUCUAGCUUGAACAGUGAGAUUCUGAAACUUGAAGAACAAAUCACUCAUAUAAAAGACAAAAUUUUGCCUGCUGUGGUAAAAGAGAAUGCCCAGUUAUUGAAUAUGCCAGUUGUAAAGGGAGAUUUCGAUCUGCAGAUUGCUAAACAAGACUAUUACACAGCAAGACAAGAGUUAGUUUUAAAUCAGUUGAUAAAGCAAAAGGCAUCAUUUGAACUUGUACAAUUAUCAUAUGAAAUUGAAUUGAGAAGGCAUUGGGACAUAUAUCGUCAGCUUGAAAACUUGGUUCAAGAACUUAGUCAAAGUAAUUUGAUGCUCCACCACCAAUUAGAAAUGCUGACAGACCCAUCAGUAUCUCAGCAGAUAAAUCCAAGGAAUACCAUUGAUACCAAGGAUUAUUCUACUCAUAGGCUUUAUCAACUUUUAGAAGGAGAGAAUAAGAAAAAAGAAUUGUUUAUAACCCAUGGAAACCUGGAAGAAGUGGCUGAGAAAUUAAAACAGGACGUUUCUUUGGUACAAGAGCAGUUAGCAGUAUCUGCUCAAGAGCAUUCUUUCUUUCUGUCCAAACUAAAUAAUGAUGUGGACAUGCUUUGUGAUGCUUUGUAUCAAGGAGGAAAUCAGCUUUUGCUUAGUGAUCAGGAGUUAAUGGAGCAGUUUCAUCAAGUUGAAUCUCAACUAAAUAAGCUAAAUCAUCUUCUUACUGAUAUUCUUGCUGAUGUGAAGACAAAAAGAAAAAUUUUGGCAUCUAAUAAACUGCAUCAAAUGGAAAGAGAAUUAUAUGUAUAUUUUUUAAAAGAUGAAGAUUAUCUGAAAGAUAUUGUGGAGAAUUUAGAAAACCAGUCAAAGAUUAAGGCUGUUGGUCUUGAAGAUUGAAAAUGAAAUAUUUACUGCACGUGCUGUGUUUUAAUGUUUUAUAAGGAGGAGAAUAUAGCUAAUAAACACUAUGAAAAUUUUAAAUUCGAGGUCAAUGGAGCAUUUCAUUUAAUGAAUUCAAGUACUAUAUCAAUUUGGUUUAUUAUAUGUUUGUUCAAAGUACCAGUGCUUUUUAUGACUUGAACAUUUGCUUGGUGGCACUUAGUCCUGGUAACUUUUAAGUUACAGAGAAAAAGCAUUAUUAUAUAAUGCAAAUAUUUUUUACAGAGUUAAUUGUAUCUCUCAUUUUAUUUUUUUAGAGAUAGAAAUUUCUGCUGUUAAAUAUUUUAAAAAUUUGUACGACUUUGAAUCAGCAUUGUUAAAGCUGUAGACCUUAAUAAAUGGAAUAGUUAAGUCCCCUCAUAUUUGUCUAUGAAGUAAAAUUCUGCCACUCAAACUGUAUUCACCCAUAAUUCCCUGCUGUAGACUUCGAGACUAUUUUAAUGUUCCUGCUUGUACCACAAAGAAUGUCAAGUCUCCAUUGGCCAUUGCUCAUUUUAGCGGUUGGGUCCUAGGGAUUCAAUAUUUCUGCAGGACAGAUGUCAGCAGUGCUUUGACUUCAGUCUGACUUACAUAUAAAUGAAUGACUUUCAAAUGAAGUUUCAAAAUUCCAUAGAAGUGGUUGCUCAGAUGUAUAACACUAUUUUAAUCAAUUUCUUAGGAGUGAAAAUACCUAAGUGUUGGAGUCUACUGGUUGGGAUACAAGUGUAGUAUUUGGACAAUUAGAAAUUAUUUUAAGAGUUGAGGUAAAAUAAUUUGAAGUAGCUUAUUUAUCAGUUAUUACAUCAAAUGAUUCUUGAGUGCCAGGUUUAUAUGUGACCUCUGUUACAUACUAAGAAGCUUUAUGGAGAAAAGAGAAGAUUUAGACACUACCUUCAAGAAAUAUUACUGCUCCAAAAAUGUAUUACCUGCUUGUAAUGUGGAAUGCCUGUCUAAAAACUUCACAUUUUAGGUGAUCUUUAUGGAGUUUUUUAGCUACAACCAUCAGAAAAUGGGUAUGCUUAGGUGACAUAUGGGCCUUGACAAUUUUGAACAAAUAUGUUUUGCUAAUUAUUGUAUUUGUACAUUUUUCAAAAUUUGUAUUUGUUAAGUAGAUGUUAAUAUGCUUGAAAAAUUUGUAGCAAUAAGUUUUGCCUAAGAUUUUGUUAUUAACUCCUCACAGGUAACCUUUGUUUGUUCCUGUUUUUCCCUCUGCCCUACCUUGGAAUUGAGAAUUUACUUGAAAUUUUUCUCCUCUCCAGUAAUGUGGGAAAAUGUCACCUGGUUUUCUGGUUCAUGAAACAGCAAAUUCUGUUUAGAUUAGUGCCAAAUACAUUAGAUGUAUUACCAGCUACUCGAUUUGUACUGUCCCUUCUAGACCUUCACCUGCUCAGCCCAGGAGGCCAGUACAGCCCAGCAGUGCAAGUGAAAGGAUGUCAGGUUAUGUGUCUGUCAUAAUAACCCAAGACAGUUAAAAAUAAUUUUUAUGUUACUAGAUCUGUAUGCUUGAAGAUUAUAAUUAAGCCGUUUGUUUCAAACCUCAAGAAGUAGGAAAUAUUUGAGUAGAUUGCUUGCUUCAAGAUUGGAGAUACGUUCUUUACUUUGUUGUCUAUUUACCAUAAUACCCAGUUGAGCCUCUAAAUGUUUCACUUUCUUCUUACUAUCUUAUCUGUAUUAUGGGGACAAUUAAUACCUAUUUCCUGUAGUGGUGAAUAUAGUAAUUUUUAUGAAUGUCUCUACAUAAAAAUUUUUACAUGACUUUUUCUUAUUUUGAAGUCUCAAAAUUAAUAUAUGGGUAUUAUGUUUAUCUUA